UGAAAUUGAAACAGACACCUCUAUAUAAUGGUUCUGGGGGAGAUCUGACUUUAAUAGCUUAGGUUGAGGCAAAACAGCGGUGUUCCAGCGUAGAGCUAAUACAAAUAUAUUGGGAAAAAAAUGGGAUCAUCAGAGUCAGUGCCGUUGCAAAAUCCAGAACUGGAUCAACCAUGGAGGACAUUUGACUGGGGACAGAAAAAAGCCCUAAAAGAAAAGCUGGAAAACUUCACCCCGAGUCAUCCAAAUGUGAAGAACAUCACGAUCCUGGUAGCUGGAGAGAUUGGAGCAGGGAAGUCCAGCUUUAUUAACUCUAUUGACAGUGCCUUUCAAAACCGGAUCACUUCUAGAGCGCUGGUUAAUUCAGCUGCCACUGGUCAUAGUUUCACUCAAAAGCUCAAAGGAUUCACCAUCAGAAGUGGGACAAAAAAUUUGCCCUUCGUCUUCAAGGACAUCAUGGGCCUGGAACCUAAAGCAUUGGCUGGGUCACAAACAGAGGACAUCAUCAACGCUAUGUAUGGCCACGUGAAGGAUGGCUAUAAAUUCAAAGAAGAUAGGCCAAUCUCUUGUGAGGAUCAACAAUACAGCCAUGAUCCCAGCCUCUCCGACCAGUCUUUCUGCCUGGUUUACGUCUUACCUUUAGAUAUGGUCCAAUACACAGAUGAUCGUCUUAUUGAUAAGCUGACGAUCAUCCGCCAGAGAAUCAGUGAAAAGGGUAUUCCUCAAGUGAUUGUCCUGACUAAAGUGGAUGAAGCAUGUCCGCUGGUCCAAAAGGAUCUGAGGAAGGUCUACACUAGCAAGAAAAUCAAGGAGAAGAUGGAGUUGUGCAGUGCUAAAAUAGGUGUACCAAUGACAAACAUUUUCCCUGUGAAGAACUACCACAAUGAGAUCAACACAGAUGAUAACACUGAUAUUCUGAUACUAAAGGCACUUGAACAGAUUGUUCAGACUGCUGAUGACAGAUUGCUGGAUAAUGAAAGCUACUGACAAAAAUAAUAAGCAUGUCUUUGCUCAUCACUGUGCAUACCGUGAGCUCUCGCACUGAUCUGAGAUUUUCCCCUCAAACAGAAGAAAAUGAUAUAAUAAUUCACAAUAUAAUGUGAACAAAAAAACAAACACUUUACAAAUAGGCCAAUAAAUAAUCCACAUAUCAGACUAAAUUGCACUGCUUCAAAUCCUUUACAUUUUAAGAUGUUCAGAGUAAUAAUAAUAUACUUGAAUAAUAAUAAAUCUAUUUUACACUAGGUACAAAAAAUAGUUCCUCUCAGGACAUUUAGGACAAAAAAUGUGCAUAUUGAAACUACUAUUAUUAACCACAGUGUCUGUAAAAGGAUGCAAUACUUUCAUUCUGUUAGCAAGGCUUCAAAAAUAAACUCUUUACUGUGUUAUACCA